GGAUGCUUUUGUUUCUAUUUCAGGAAAGCCCCACAGCACUGGCAGCUCCGAACGGAUUCAGCUCUCAGGAAUGUACAACGUUCGAAAAGGGAAAAUACAUUUGCCAGUCAACAGAUGGACAAGACGCCAAGCUAUCCUUUGUGGAACAUGCCUAAUUGUCUCAUCAGUAAAAGAAAGCCAGACUGGAAAGAUGCAUGUCCUCCCUUUAAUUGGUGGAAAAGUGGAAGAAGUGAAAAAGCACCAGCACUGUUUAGCAUUUAGCUCCUCUGGACCUCAAAGCCAGACCUACUACAUUUGUUUCGAUAACUUCACUGAAUAUCUGCGGUGGCUGCGACAAGCAUCAAAGGUUGCAUCACAACGCAUCAGCUCAGUGGAUCUUUCAUGCUGCAGCCUGGAGCACCUGCCUGCCAACCUGUUUUAUAGCCAAGACCUCACUCAUCUCAAUUUAAAGCAGAACUUCCUGAGGCUAAACCCCAGCCCAUCCACAAGUAGAGCGCUUAGUGAAUUACAAAGAUUCACCAAAUUGAAGAGCCUUAACCUUUCGAAUAAUAAUUUAGGAGACUUCCCCCUGGCAGUCUGCAGUAUCCCAACCCUGACUGAACUCAACGUGUCCUGCAAUAGCCUCAGAAGCAUUCCAGCAGCUGUAGGAGAAAUGCACAACUUGCAGACAUUUUUACUGGAUGGCAACUUUCUCCAGUCCCUUCCCGAUGAAUUGGAGCAUAUUCAUCAACUCAGCUAUGUGAGUCUGUCCUUCAAUGAGUUCACUGACAUUCCUGGAGUGCUGGAGAAGCUGACUGCCAUGGAUAAGCUCUGUAUGUCAGGAAACUGCAUGGAUACCCUGAACCUACAGGUGUUAAAAAGGAUGCCUCAUAUUAAGCAUGUGGAUCUAAGAUUGAAUUCAAUUAGGAGAUUGGAGGCCGAGGAAAUAGAUUUUCUGCAUCAUGUGACCCAACUGGAUCUGCGAGACAACAAACUUGGGGAGCUGGACGCGACAGUUUUUAACAACGUGGAAGUGUUGCACUGUGAGCGGAAUCAGCUGGUGACCCUCAAAAUCAGCGGCUAUUUCCUCAAAGCUCUGUAUGCCUCCUGCAAUGAACUUGUUCACCUUGAUGUGUAUCCAGUUCCUAAUUGCCUGGCUUAUAUGGAUAUUUCUAGAAAUCACCUGGAAAACCUGCCUGAGUGGGUGUGUGACAGCAGGAAACUGGAAGUGUUGGAUGUUGGCCACAAUCAGAUACGUGAGCUGCCUGCCCGGUUGUUUUACAACAGUAGCUUGCGGAAGCUGCUGGCGGGACACAACAUGUUAGCAAGGCUCCCGGAUCGGCUCGAGCGAACGCAGGUGGAGGUCCUGGACGUGCAGCACAACCAGCUCCUGGAACUGCCAUCCAACCUGCUUCUGAAAGCAGACAGCCUGAGAUUUCUUAAUGCCUCUGCCAACAAACUGGAAAUGCUUCCUCCAGCCACCCUUUCUGAAGAAACCCAUAGCAUCUUGCAGGAGUUGUAUUUGACCAAUAACAACCUCACAGAUAAAUGUGUACCCUUGUUGACAGGCCACCCACACCUGAAAAUCUUGCACAUGGCUUACAAUCGCCUACAGAGCUUCCCUGCAAGCAAAAUGGCCAAGCUGGAAGAGUUGGAGGAAAUUGAUAUUAGUGGGAACAAACUGAAAGCCAUUCCAACAACCAUCAUGAACUGCAGACGUAUGCAUACUGUAAUUGCUCACUCCAACUGCAUUGAAGUCUUCCCAGAAGUCAUGCAGCUUUCUGAAAUAAAGUGUGUGGACCUAAGCUGCAAUGAACUGAGUGAAGUCACAUUGCCUGAAAACCUGCCUCCAAAACUGCAGGAGCUGGACCUGACUGGAAAUCCCAGAUUAGCCCUGGAUCACAAAACCCUCGAGCUUCUGAACAAUAUCCGGUGCUUCAAGAUCGACCAGCCGUCGGCGGGCGACGCGUCGGGGGCGCCAGCGGUGUGGAGCCAUGGCUACACGGAGGCGUCCGGCGUCAAGAACAAGCUGUGUGUGGCAGCACUUUCAGCCAACAACUUCUGCGACAACCGGGAGGCGCUUUAUGGAGUGUUUGACGGGGACCGCAAUGUGGAAGUGCCCUACCUGCUGCAGUGCACAAUGAGUGACAUCCUGGCAGAAGAGCUGCAGAAAACAAAGAAUGAGGAGGAAUACAUGAUCAACACGUUCAUUGUUAUGCAGAGGAAACUUGGAACAGCUGGACAGAAACUUGGAGGCUCUGCUGUCCUUUGCCAUAUAAAACACGAUCCCAUGGACCCUGGUGGAUGCUUCACGCUAACCUCAGCAAACGUGGGGAAGUGCCAAACUGUUCUCUGCCGGAAUGGGAAACCUCUGCCUUUGUCCAGGUGUUACGUGAUGAGCUGUGAAGAAGAGCUGAAGAGGAUUAAGCAGCAUAAGGCCAUUAUCACAGAGGAUGGCAAAGUGAAUGGUGUGACAGAUUCAACAAGAAUCUUGGGGUACACCUUCCUUCACCCAAGUGUUGUGCCGCGUCCUCACGUCCAGUCCAUCACCUUAACUCCUCAAGAUGAGUUCUUCAUUCUGGGGAGCAAGGGGCUGUGGGACAGCCUCUCCAUGGAUGAAGCAGUUGAGGCCGUCAGAAACGUGCCUGACGCGCUGGCGGCCGCCAAGAAGCUUUGCACUUUGGCCCAGAGUUACGGCUGCAACGACAGCAUCAGCGCCGUGGUGGUUCAGCUCAACGUGACGGAGGACAGCUUCUGCUGCUGUGAGCUCAACGGGGUCCCGCCCCCCAGCCCAGGCAUCUUCCCCCAGUCCGUCAACGUGGUCAUCAAGGACAGGCCCGCGGACGCGCUCGGGAUGCCGUCCUCAAGCAGCGGCAUGGCCUCCGAAAUCAGCAGUGAGAUCUCCACCUCAGAAAUGAGCAGCGAGGUGGGCUCCACGGCCUCGGACGAACCUCCCCAGGUGGCCAUGAACGAGAGCAGCCCCGCGUACCCUGGGGAGCAGCGCUGCAUGCUGCACCCCGUCUGCCUGUCUAACUCCUUCCAGCGGCAGCUCUCCAGUGCCACCUUCUCCAGCGCCUUCUCCGACAACGGCCUCGACAGCGACGACGAGGAGCCCAUUGAGGGCGUGUUCACCAACGGCAGCCGCGUGGAGGUGGAGGUGGACAUCCACUGCAGCCGAGCCAAGGAGAAGCAGCUGCUCCAAGUGCCAGUGGAAGCCAGUGACGAAGGAAUCGUCAUCAGUGCCAAUGAAGAUGAGCCCGGCCUUCCCAGGAAAGCGGAGUAUUCUGCCAUGGGCACCAUAGGGCGGCGGCGAGGCAACGGCUCUGUGGCACCGCACGAGAGGAGCCAUAACUUAAUUGAAGUUGCAACGGAUGCGCCGCUCAGAAAAACCGGGGGCUACUUUGCUGCUCCAGCACAACCUGAUCCUGAUGACCAGUUCAUCAUCCCUCCAGAGCUGGAGGAAGAAGUCAAGGAGAUUAUGAAGCAGCACCAGGAACAACAACAGCAGCAGCAGCAGCAGAAGCAGUAUCCCAUGGACCACCUGGCAGACUAUUAUGACACACCACUAUGACCCACUCUAUUUACUGCUCAGAAAUAAACUAACAAAUAAGGAGACUUGACUGUGAGACCCAGUGGGCUUGCAUUACAGCAGGGGUUUUCCUUAUCUUUUUCCUUUAUAUACUUCCUUUUCCUUAUCCUGCCACUACAGAUAACUGCAGCUUUUCAGUUUGUUAGGUUUAAUAUUCAUUGACUUUCUUCUAGAGACGCUUGACUGGUAAAGUUUAAAAUAGUUAACCCUCCCUUAACAUAUCAAGUGUAAAAACAGGAAAACAAAACAAAAAAUAAUAAAAAAAUAAAAAGGUUUAAUAUAUUGCUGAGAAACAGAUGAUGAUGUAAUAUUUUUUAAAAUGGCUUGUUUGUUUUGUUUGAAAAGCAGGGCAGUAGCCAGUGCUAAAUGAUUUAAGUAAUAUUGUAAUACUGUAUUUCUUUGAGAGAAAAGGCUUUUUUUGGUCUUGAAAAUGAUAGACAUUUGUAGAAUAUGGAGACUAACUCCUAGGAGUUGCUUUACUCUUUCAGGUGACUUAAGUCACUGAGAUUCACUAAUUUUCUCUGAGAGAACAGUUGAUUGGGAAAUUCCUGUAAAUAGCUCAGUGUUGUAUAGUGAUGCUUACAUGUUUUGUAGCCUUGGCAUUAAGGACACAACCUGAAAAACUGACCUUUUUUCUUAAGCGACUCUUUGGGCCAUGGUCGUUAAGCGUAAUGGACUGUGUGGCUGUGUAUACAAGUUAGCUAGAGCCCAGGUGGUGUAGACUGUUCAAAGAAACCCACUUUUUCCUCCAGUCUCUUUCUUUCCUUACUUUUACAGACACGUUUUGUUUGUGUUCCUUACUGCUGCCACAACCAGCAUGAUUGUAUAGAGCUCAUUUGCUGUAGAACAUUUACAUACCAAGAGUUAUAUUAAAGCCGAAUGCACAAAUGAACAUGUCAUAAUUUUUGUUAUAAUAAAUAUGAAAUUUACACCUGA